GAUCGUAGGGUGAAAGAUGGAAUCUGCUCCGACGGGAUGCUUCAAAUGUGGCCGUCCCGGUCAUUGGUCUCGCGAUUGCCCAUCCUCGGCUCCGGUCGCCGGCAACUCCGAUCCUUCUUCUACCACUCCAACUCAAGCCCCUAACAACGCCUUUCAGAGAUCUUUUGCCAAAAGUGGAAAUACUGCCGCCGGAACAUCCGUUCCCAAAGCGACGAAGACGAGACUUCAAAGGCCUAAGCUAACACCUGAUUUGCUGCUCUCGGAGGAUGGUCUCGGCUAUGUUCUUCGUUAUUUUCCUAGAUCCUUCAAGUAUCGUGGCCGAUCGAAAGAGGUCAGCGAUUUGGGGAAUUUGAUAAGGCUGUACAGUGAGUGGCACUCUCAUUUGCUACCUUACUAUUCAUUUGAUCAGUUUGUGCACAAAGUGCAACAAGUCGCUGCUACUAAGCGUGUGAAGAUUUGUAUAAACGAACUGAGAGAAAGGGUCGCCAGCGGAGUUGAUCCAAACAAGUUAUAUGAUAAGCAGGAGGAAAAUGCUGUUCCUUCUAAUAAUAAUCAAGGUAACACAGAUAUGGAUCAGCCAAGUCAUGACGAGGAGGACAUACCAUCGCAGAGCGUUGAUGCCGAUGCUGAUACAAAUGCUGAUGCUUUUCAAGACAGUAUGUUGAAUGAGAUAUUUGAUAAUGGGAUGGAUUCAACACAUAGUUCGAAGAUACCGAGCGAUGAACAAAACAUGGAUAAAAGCAGUGAACUGACAGAAGAGCAAAGAGCACGUACGGAAGCUAAUAGAUUAAAGGCAGUGGAGAGAGCUCAGAACAUCUCCGAGGAACAGAGACUACGAAUGGAAGCUAAUAGGCUAAAGGCUCUUGAAAGAGCCAAAGCAAGGCUCGAACCAAAUCAAGAUUAGCUUAGCUUUAUAUCUAGAGAUGUUCAUUUUGGAUUUUCCAUAAAAUAUUCUUGGAUUUUGACUAUAGGUAAGGUAAC